AAGAUAAGAGCGUCCAAGGCUCCCCUCCUUCUCCAAGGCUAUCAAUUGGAUAUCUCAGACGGACCCACAAGUACUCUAUUACGUAGGUGUCCUGUGAGCAGUGAGGGGACAACAGCACCACAGUCGGGCUUGUUCCGCGUUCAGCCAUAUUCACCUGCGGGCUAAACCAUGUCCUUGAGCCCAAAGCACUCAACUCCUUUCUCAGUGACAGAUAUUUUAAGCCCGAUCGAGGAGACCUACAGAAAGUUUGGAGGAAUGGACUGUACAGGGAGCCUCGCGUCUCCGCUGGGAGCAUAUCGACAGACUUCGGUGUCUCAACCGGGACUGCAGCAGCACUCCAUGGGCCAUAACACCGGGGUGGCGAGCGCUUAUCACAUGCCACACAGCGUCUCCCAAUUUUCCAGCGCCAUGGGUGGAUACUGCAACGGCAGCAUCGGUAAUAUGGGAGACCUCCCGUCGUACCAAGACACCAUGAGGAACGGCGCAGCAGCAACUGCAUGGUAUAGCGCAAACACCGAACCCCGCUAUCCAACAAUUUCUAGAUUCAUGGGGGCUUCCAAUGGGAUGAACAUGACCGGGAUGGGGACGCUUGCUGGGAUGGACGCCACCAAGUCCAUGGUGACCCUACACUCAGCGCCCAGGAGAAAACGAAGGGUGCUCUUCUCUCAGGCCCAGGUGUACGAGCUGGAGAGGCGGUUUAAGCAGCAGAAAUACCUGUCAGCACCCGAGAGGGAACACCUAGCGAGCAUGAUCCACCUGUCACCGACACAGGUCAAGAUUUGGUUCCAGAACCACCGGUACAAAAUGAAACGCCAGGCGAAGGACAAAGCCACACUGCAGAUUCAACAGGAGAAUGGCAAUGUGUGCCCACAGCAGUCACCGAGGCGUGUUGCAGUCCCGGUUCUCGUGAAGGAUGGCAAGCCCAGUCAGAACGGAUCCAGCACACCGACGUCUGGGCAUCAGCAGGUGCAGCAGCAGAACGUCUCUAGUGGAGCGAUGACAGCUUCGGGCAGUGCGGUGGUCAAUCACCAUCAGAAUCAGCUGGUGCAUCAUCCAUUAUCCACUGCUGAAGAACUGGAGGAAAUGUCCCCCAGUCCCCCUAUUUUACACAGCCAGAUUAACAUGGCUCAGACAGAAGCGGCUCUCCUCGAGUACACCAAUAACAUGGUCAGUUCAAACCUGCUUUAUGGCAGAACUUGGUAGAAGGAAGAAAUGUACAUUUGAAUUCGGGAGACAAUAACGUCAAGUGGAUUUUAAGCCGGAAAGACAUUGGUCGUUGAUGACAUUGAGGACAACAGAAGCACCAGAAUUUCUUGACAUUUUAGAGGUGCAUGGUGCACCUAUUAUUAAUUAAAAGUCGGCCGUGCGUGUAUACUUUUGAUCAAGAGUAUUUGAUAAAAAUGAGACUCCCAAGCACUCCGUAACGGUAUUAUUCGGGUGUAAAAGGGAGUGGAGUUAUUUGUUGCGAUUCAAUUCUUUAAGGACACGAGGGUAUCAGUCCGAAGUAUUGUAAUAUUUCGAUGAAUGAACCUUAACUGUAUAUAGCUAACAAAAAUAUUUCAUGUGACUAUGAUUUUUGUUUUUAAACGAAGUAUUUGUUAAAAAAUUGUUUUGGUAAAUUACAAAAUGUGAUUGCUGCUGCAUAGCGUAAAUAUAUACAAAUCACAUUCCUGUUAAACUUUAACAAUAUAUCGCUUAGCAUGUAAGCAUUACUGCUUAUUUAUGUUGAUAGAAUAAUUAUGAGGCACAUUGACUGGAAUGCAUCGAAU